CACCACCACCAUUAAAUGUUGGUUAGGCUGCAUUCUGUGAACUUAAUUCUGUUCAAUGUGUCUCCUCUGUCUUCUCAGGCCCAGGAGGAUCUUACAGCCAGGGAGACCUGCAAGGCUGGAUUCUCAGAAGAAGGUUACACGGCAUUAAUCUCCCCAGAUAUUCUGCAAGGAGAGAGGCUGCUCAAAGUUGAGUUCAGCAGCUGUCUGGGGAGCCAGGGGACGCAGUAUGAGACCAACAGCCUGGACUUCAAGGUCGGGGCAGACGGGACAGUCUACGCCACCCGGGAGCUGCGCAUCCCCUCUGAGCAGGUGGCCUUCACAGUGACCGCAAGGGACCGCCGGACGGCUGAGCAAUGGGACGCCGUGGUGCGGCUGCUGGUGGCCCAGACCCGGUCCUCGCACCCUGGACACAAGAGAGGAAAGAAGAAAGACAUGACCCUGGACCCCUCCCAGCCCCCAAGGGACACGCUGCUGCCCUGGCCUCCGCACCAGCGCUCCGGGGGGCUGAGGCGGCAGAAGCGAGACUGGGUCAUCCCCCCCAUCAACGUGCCGGAGAACUCGCGCGGGCCCUUCCCGCAGCAGCUCGUGAGGAUCCGGUCUGACAAAGACAACGACAUUCCCAUUCGGUACAGCAUCACGGGCGUGGGCGCCGACCAGCCGCCCAUGGAGGUCUUCAGCAUCGACUCCAUGUCCGGACGCAUGUACGUCACGAGGCCCAUGGACCGGGAGGAGCGAGCCUCUUACCACCUCCGGGCCCACGCCGUGGACAUGAAUGGCAACAAGGUGGAGAACCCCAUCGACCUGUACAUCUACGUCAUCGACAUGAAUGACAACCGCCCCGAGUUCCUGAACCAGGUCUACAACGGCUCUGUGGACGAGGGCUCCAAGCCAGGCACCUACGUGAUGACAGUCACAGCCAAUGACGCAGACGACGGCACCACGGCCAACGGCAUGGUGCGGUACCGGAUUGUGACCCAGACCCCUCAGAGCCCAUCCCAGAACAUGUUCACCAUCAACAGCGAGACAGGGGACAUCGUGACGGUGGCAGCAGGCCUGGACCGAGAGAAAGUGCAGCAGUACACGGUCAUCGUGCAGGCCACCGACAUGGAAGGCAACCUCAACUACGGGCUCUCAAACACGGCCACGGCCAUCAUCACGGUGACAGACGUGAACGACAACCCCCCCGAAUUCACCGCGAGCACAUUUGCAGGGGAGGUCCCUGAAAACCGGGUAGAGACGGUGGUCGCCAACCUCACCGUGAUGGACCGGGACCAGCCCCACUCGGCAAACUGGAACGCCGUCUACCGCAUCAUCAGCGGGGACCCGUCGGGGCACUUCAGCGUCCGCACAGACCCUGUCACCAACGAGGGCAUGGUCACCGUGGUGAAGGCCGCAGACUACGAGCUGAACAGGGCCUUCAUGCUGACGGUGAUGGUGUCCAACCAGGCGGCCCUGGCCAGCGGGAUCCAGAUGUCCUUCCAGUCCACGGCAGGGGUGACCAUCUCGGUCACCGACAUCAACGAGGCGCCCUACUUCCCGUCCAACCACAAGCUCAUCCGCCUGGAGGAGGGCGUGCCGGCGGGCACCGCGCUCACCACCUUCUCCGCCGUGGACCCUGACCGCUUCAUGCAGCAAGCCGUGAGGUGGGUCUGCAGCAGCCGCUGCCCCCCGGUCUCCUGUUUUCUACCCUGCCCUUCUGCACUGUGGCCAGGUGUCAGAGCCCUGCUGACAGGCAGGAAACGCAGGAGAGCCAGCAACAGCUGGACAGGGUCAGAGGGCAGGCCUCGGGCACCUUGCAGAGCCCUGGCAGCCCCAGAAGGAAGCAGGGUCCCCAGGGCACAGCUGAGCUAUCGGGCACUCCUGUGGCUGGUCAGGGGAGGGUGUGCGGGAGAGCCUGUGUGCGCUGCCCUGGGGCCUGUGUGGCCCUGGCUUCCCGCAAGUGGAGGGUGUGGUGCAGCUGGGGGGCUGGGCUGCGUCUGCCUGAGGGCCUGCGUCUCUGGUGUGCUGUGGGCGGCUGCCUGUGCGCUGUCCUGGUGGGGCCUGAUCCCAGGUGGCCUGGCCCCCCGUGGUCACCACACCUGUCCUUCAGGGAUCCCCCCGGCCAGCGGCACUGGGACUCUGCAGAUCUACCUCAUCGACAUCAACGACAACGCGCCCGAGCUGCUGCCCAAGGAGGCACAGAUCUGCGAGAAGCCAGGCCUCAACGCCAUCAACAUCACCGCGGCCGACGCCGACGUGGACCCCAACGUCGGCCCCUACGUCUUCGAGCUGCCCUUCGUCCCCGCCACGGUGCGGAAGAACUGGACCAUCACCCGCCUCAACGGUGACUACGCCCAGCUGAGCCUGCGCAUCCUGUACCUGGAGGCGGGGAUGUACGAUGUCCCUAUCACCGUCACCGACUCCGGGAACCCCCCCCUGUCCAACACCUCCGUCAUCAAGGUCAAGGUGUGCCCGUGUGACGAGAACGGUGACUGCACCACUGUGGGCGCCGUGGCAGCAGCCGGGCUGGGCACAGGCGCCAUCGUGGCCAUCCUCAUCUGCAUCAUCCUCCUGCUGACCAUGGUCCUGCUGUUUGUGGUGUGGAUGAAGCGGCGGGAGAAGGAGCGACACACCAAGCAGCUGCUCAUCGACCCCGAGGACGACGUGCGGGACAACAUCCUCAAGUACGACGAGGAGGGCGGAGGCGAGGAGGACCAGGACUAUGACCUCAGCCAGCUGCAGCAGCCGGAAGCCCUGGAGCACGUGCUGAGCAAGGCCCCUGGAGUGCGGCGGGUGGACGAGCGGCCGGUGGGCGCUGAGCCCCAGUACCCAGCCAGGCCUGUGGUACCCCACCCAGGUGACAUCGGGGACUUCAUCAACGAGGGACUGCGCGCCGCUGACAAUGACCCCACCGCACCGCCCUACGACUCCCUGCUGGUCUUCGACUACGAGGGCAGCGGCUCCACCGCGGGCUCCGUCAGCUCCCUGGGCUCGUCCAGCUCGGGGGACCAAGACUACGACUACCUGAACGACUGGGGGCCCCGCUUCAAGAAGCUGGCCGACAUGUACGGGGGCGGCGAGGAGGACUAGAGCAGGCGGACCGGAGAGGACUGAGCCCAGGCAGCCGCCAGCUCCCUGCAGGGACAGCAGCUCUGCUGUGGAGGUCCCGCCCCGCCCUCCCCAGGUGGAGCUGUCCAGCAUGACCUGUCCCUGUCCUGGCCAGGCCUGCUGCCCUCUCAGUCGCCACCUACCACCAGGGAGAGCCAGAGGCACCGUCCUGACUUGAAUCCCCAGAACAGAAGCACUGUUUCAAAAACGAAAGUGCCUUUGGUACACGCGUCGGAUCCCCAACUCAGGAGUGACUGAAAGCAAGCAGACAGCCCCGCCUGGCCCCGCCCGGCCCCGCCCGGCCCCGCCAGCGGCGGAAGGCCCCCAGGAAGGCACGGACAGAGUCCUUCUUCUUUCUUUGUUGUUUUUUUUUCUUUCUUUCUUUUCUUUUUUUGCUGUUGUUGUUCGUUUGGGUUUUGGUUCUGUUGGGUUCUGUUGGGUUCUGUGCGUGCGUGUGUGACUCUUGGGAAAGUGGCUUGGGCCCAGGUCCUCACAGCCUUCGUGUCCAUGGCAAGGGCUUCCCAGCAGCAGAGGCCCAGGGUCAGCCACCCCCUGACCACACGCCCAGGCCGGGGGACGUGGUUUCACCCAAGUGGGUGGCUGUCCCCACCACAGUCAGAUGCUGUGAACAGCUGGGCAGCAGGUCCCCAGGGCCUGCCCCGGGUGCUCCCACCUCUGCCUUGGCCACCCCAUUGUCCCGGUCCCCCCAAAGGCCUCUCUCUGAGCCAGCUGGCACCCCCAGUGCCACGGAGGUGCCCUUCACCUCUGGUCCAAGAAGCCACAGCAUCCUGCAAACCCGGCCCGAUCUGCAGACACUCGGGAGUGGACUCCCAGGACCCCACAGAAGGCCUGGUGAAAACGCUUCAGCCCAGCCCUGAGCUUCCUUGACACUGUCCAGCCCGGGCCUGGGCAGAGGGCAGAGCCUCACCUAGCCCAAGCCAGAGCCGCCUGCCUCUCAGCAACCACAGGCUUGGUACCAGCACUGACUUUGGCACACCCUGGCCGCUCCCUCCCUGGGGCCAUCGGACCUGAGCUCCUGUCUGGUGUCUGUGAACUGCUGCAGGUGGCCAGCAAGAGGCCUGGUCGUCCUGAGCUGUCCAUCCACAGAUCCUCUAGGCUACCCGUGCCAGAGACUGAACCGUCUUUCCCUGUCCCAGGUCCCAGCUGCUCGGCCACGGUCCCUCCAGAGCUGGCGCCUGCUCUUUCCACGCGUGGCUUGACUCAGGCCUGGGGUUGGGGUGGCCAUCAGCCCCACAGGACACCCAUCAGGCUGUGCCCAGGGACUCCCAGGAGAAGGCAUCUGCCUUCCUCACUGGGCGAGACAGCAGGCCUGGGGCACCUCCAAGUCUGGGUUCAGGGGCACCUCGGGUCAGCAGGAGGCAGGCACUGGGAGGGCGUCCUCUGCCUGGUCAUUUCUGGCUGACCUCAGACAGUGACAUUGUGAGGGUGAGGGAACCAGUGGCCUGGGGGACCUGGUACCGGCGCACCCUCUGGGGAGCAGGAGGUGCCAGGAUUGAGGAAGGACAGGGGGCCCACACUGCUGCUGGGUCGGAGAGCCUCGAGGGCUGGGAGGUGGGGCGCCAGGGGCAGCGUGCCCCCACCAGAAGGGCUCUGAUCCCUGGCUUCCCCGGCCUCUGUCUCUCCCCUUGCUAAGUUGUCCUCUUUUCUAAAUAGCUUUGGCCUCAAAGAUGCGCCUGAGUGGACUCUAUACGUGCCAAACUUGUGGGUGUAUCCCAUUGGACGUCAGGGUUCUUCCCCAAACCAAACUUGUCCCCACCUCUGUUCUCCUCAGAGCUGAGCUGGGUCAGGCUCAGCUCUGUCUGUCCUGACCUCUCUGUGACCGUGACCGUGACCGCCUGGGGGGAGGACGGCGGGGGCUGCAGGUAGCCAGUCCAGGAGAUGGGCCUGGGAAGGGAGGGUCCCCAUCUCCAGCCGUGCUAUGCAAAUCGCUCUGGGCUGGCAGCCAAUGAGGGGGCCCCGGUGUCUGGGGGCGUGGCCAUGGCUGGAGGCCUGGUGGGGCUGGGGGUGGGAGCUGGAAUGUUGUGCUUAGUAUUUUGGACAGUUGGUCCUUGGAUGGCAGUCCUGAGCCGGAGGAGGAAGAGUGGCCCGUUUGCAGUGUGCACGCGAUGGGCAGCAGGGGACUGAAUCCCCAAGCUAACGUGGUCCUCUGGCCAGGAGAGGGGAAUCCCGCGGCCUGCUAGGUGCAUCUCCUGGCCCCACUUGUCGCUCCCCUCCUCUCCUCACCACCAGGCCCCCUGCACUGGGCAGGCUGAGGCCGCACACCAGCUGGGGUGGUGUCCGUGGGGGCUCCCUGUGACAGCUGAUAGCUUUCCCUUCCACCCCACACCCGAUCAGCCCCUGGGGCCAGAGAAGAUGGGGUUCCCACAUCAGAUCCACUCAGAGCUCUGCCCUGAGGCCCUGAGUUAGCAUUAGCCAGUGUACAAUCAGUGUCACGUCUCUCUUCUGUAGCGUGUAGAUUUGACCUGUCUGGUCGGCCCAGCCGCAGGGCCCGGCUGGCUGGCAGGGUGCGGGGCAUGCUUUAGUUUCUUUAGGGCAUUUUUCUUCUAGAGCAGAAUAAAGCUGUGCUGCAAGGUGGUGUCAGCAACACCCUGGCCUUGGUCAGCCUGGGCACCCCAUCUCCUGGCCAGCAGGUUUUUUUCUUUCUUGUCUUUCAGCACAUCCAAAAUGCUAGGCUUCCCGCCACCAAAGUGUCAGAGUAACGUCUGACUGUCGGGCCCUCAGAGGUGCCUCGGUUUCCCUAGCGAGAGUACACGGUCCAUUGAGGUGACCACUGUGUCUUCUCCAAGGUCAAACGCCAGGGGGAAGGGAAUUUCCAUUUCCAUCAAGCUAAAAAGGAGUAACACCAAAAAUCGGAACGGAAUCUCCCGUGCACAGGGGGCUCCGGCGGCGGCUCCAGGCUGGCUGGCCGCUGCCCGCAGCAGGCCGGGCCCCCCGUGUGCACUUGGACGCCUUUGCUUUUCCUUUCUCUCCUUUUCCAUUCUGGUUUUUUUGUUUUUUUUUUUUUUGCAUGUUUCUUUCUGAGAAUGGACAGACUGCGUAGCAGCCCGCAUGACCGUGGUUGUCUUGGAAAGGUACCGGAGUAUGACGUCUUCUCUCUGCAAUCUGAGCAUCGCGCCGUCAGACAGUGUUCCGGCUUUUUUUGUAAUCGUCAACAGCACAACUAUUUUGUAUCGUUGUUUGUAUCAUUUUGUACCGAAAAAAAAAAAAAAGAAAAGAAAAAAAAGGGAAGGAAGUGGAUGUUUCGAUGUGUCCUUGGUAUCAGGUGGCCUCGGCUCAGAGGAGCAGCAGCUCUGCGGGGGCGCGGGGCGCCAGCCAGGCCCCCGCUGCUCCGAGGAGUGAAUAAAGUCCCCUUUGAAGAGUC